UGAUUACCUGAGUAAAUCGUGGCGCUGCCGUCGGUAAAUCAGUGGUCAGGUCCUAGGCUGUGGGUGUGCAUGAGGAUACCCGGGACUGCGCCUCAGGUCACUUCUGAAUCGCCAACCUGCCUACAGAAUAGUAAUGUGUUUGAUGAAAUAUCGUACUUCAGUCUAUGACGUCACUGUGGAUUUUGGUGGUCAGACCGCCGACGAUCGGUUCGUUUCCAUUUCCAAAUAUGUGUGGUUCUGCUCAGUCCUUGGAGUCUUAUAGCUGACAUGUCCUGGAUCCUAGUCUGAACGUCGCGCUGUGUGUGUGUCAGGGGGGGGGUGUGUACGAGCUGCUCACGCGACGUCACCUCGUAAGAAAGAUGAGGUCUGGGUGAUCCUGGGGCCUUGACAGUGCUGUCUUCACAGUAGGACGUCUAAGACGAACUGUGAGAUGUUAGAGACCACCCUGCCACGAUGCCUGCAGCUCUCUAUAUUCUUAUUCAUGCUAUCCAAGCUUCAAGGAGAGGUCACAGCCCCCAAAAACAUGCAGGCCCUGGUGGGCCUCCCAUUCACACUAGGCUGCAACGUGACACUGAAUGAAGGGGACACAUUAAAGCAGGUGCAGUGGAUAGACAACCAUGAAAAGAUCCUGCUCACAUACCAGCCUGGUAAAGCAGUCAGCUUUGAGGACAGCAAGCGUGUAUACCAGACCAUCUCCGAUACCAGCAACACUGCCAUCACCCUCAGGAAGGUGGGCCGGGAGGAUGAAGGCUGCUUCAAAUGUGUAUUUGACAUUUAUCCUAGUGGAUCGCAGAAGGGCCAGACUUGUCUCACAGUGACUGCUGAUGUCAUCUUGGAGGGGAACAAGACAGCAGUGAGUGGGAAGCUGGUGACCUUGUCCUGUAGGUAUGACCUCCCCAUGAACGUCACACAAGUCCUCUGGACGAAGACCGCAGAGCAGGGUGACACCAGGAGCGUGGCCUUUGUCAACAAACACGGUGAUCUCCAAGUCCUUGAUCCUCUCGUGGGCCGUGGGACCCUGAGCCGUGGAAUGGGCGAGACACACCUCUCCAUCAAACCUGUGAGGACAGAGGAUGAGGGUUGCUACACCUGCGAGUUCCAUACCUUCCCUGAGGGCACCAAGAGUGCUACGGCCUGUCUCAUCGUCUACGUUCUGCCCCAGCCCCAGUUGAAUUACAGGACCCAGUCUUCAGAUGUGAUCGAGGCCAACUGCACGGCAGUGGCUCGCCCAGCUCCCGUGAUCCUUUGGAACGUGGACGGGGACAACCGGACACUGGGCCCUGCUGUGUCCUCAGAAUUCGAGCUAAGUGAUGGGACCUCACUGGUCAUCAGCACCCUGCUGUUCCAAGCCAGCCUGCUCGAGGAGCAGUCCGUCAUGUGCAUUGUGUACCACCAUGGCCUGGACUCACCCAUUUCAAUCUCCAUUAACAGCAAGAUUGGAAAAGCCCUCACCAUUCUCAUCUCAGUGACCACCAUGGCUGUGCUCCUCAUCCUGUGUCUCUGCAUCUGCCUCUGGAAGUGCUUCCUGCGCAAGGACUAUUAACUUUUAGACAGAAAACCCAGGAGGACUAUGAAAGUGAAGUGUCACUUCCCAGCUAUGAUGUGGACUUCAUGCCGGACAUCUCUGAAGUACGUUUUUGCUCACACAUGCAAACAGCUUGAAUACUUGAUCAGAUGCUUUGGCAUUAGAGUUGAGAGGACUUGGCAAAGGCUGUAGUCUGAUGCUUGAAAGCAUGGAGGAAUACAUUUUUAGCAUCCUGCCAGAAGUGUGACUAAUGUCAGGUAACAUCAACAUGACACUGGGGUAGUCAGAAGGGGUCACUCACUGUGUGUGGGUGGGCAGUGGUGUGACGCCAGCAGAGUUUCGUGUGCACUGCUUACAAAGUACCCAUUUAGCCGUGACCUCUCGCACCCAUUUCCCUUGAGAAAGGUGCAGCUGAUCGUGUGUAGAUUGUGGCAAAUAGAUAUUACAGCUUCAAGUUCCUGUGUUGCCACAUGUUUAUCUUGUUUUGAGUAAUGCACGUCUGGCAUCGGAUGUCACUAAAAAGAUGAAAAUUAUCACUAUGUUUGAAGCAUGACUUUGGAACUUGUAAUAUUUAUUUGUUCAUAUACAAACUGUUACAUCAAGAGAAUUAUGAUAGCUGGCAGUGUCACAUUGGUUAAGAAUCAGUUGAUGGUGUUUUGCAAUGUGACUUUGCUGGAACUGAAAUACCGUAAUAUGAAUAAAGCUGUCUAGGUCAGUCCCCCAGAUGUACUAUUUAUCUGCUUUUCAGUUUACUUCAUUUCUACAGUUUGUUGCUAUAUUUGAAUGAUUUUACAUUUAUUCAGCAGUCACUUUUCUCCACAGUGACUUCUAAUGAACUCUAUGUAGUGUUAUCAGCCCACAUACCUUAUUCAC